GACUAGAGAGAGAGGAGAGAGAGAAGAGAGAGAUAUACAAUUAUUCAUCCAUGGAAGGUUCAGAGCUAACAAAGCUAGGGAGCUCUCUCCCAGUGGCUUGCGUUCAAGAGCUUGCCAAGGAACCCCUCCGCAAAUUAGGCAUCCCUCCCCGCUAUAUCCGUCCCGAUCAAGACCCUCCCAACGCCACUUUACCCGUUCAGCUUCCUGUCAUUGAUUUGCACAAACUAUUCACAUCCCAUGGUCAUAAUAUUGCAGAGCUGGAUAGGCUCCAUAACGCUUCCAAACAAUGGGGUUUCUUCCAGUUGAUAAACCAUGGAGUGAGCGAGUCGUUGAUUGACAGAGUGAAAGCAGAGGUUGAGGGAUUGUUUAACCUGCCAAUGGCGGAGAAGCAAAAGUACUGGCAGAAACCUGGAGAGAUUGAAGGAUUUGGGCAAGCCUUUGUGGUUUCCGAGGAGCAGAAGCUGGACUGGGGAGACAUCUUCUUCACCACCGCCCUCCCGAAGCAUCUCAGGAAGCCUCAUCUCUUCCCCAACCUCCCUCUCCCACUCAGGUUCAAUUCUCUCUAAACUAGUUCCUUCAUCCUCUUAGAUCUGGAGAGAACAAAAAAAAAAAAAAUUUGGUUUCAGUAUUAGAACUGAUCACAUAUUUAAUUACCACUGUUUUCACGUUGAAUUUAAGCAUCCUCGUUCGCCUUAUUCGUUUAAUGUUUGUUUAGACUGUCUAAUCUCACCUGCCACGACUGAAGUGAUACAAUUGUUGACCUUUUGGAUUCAGAGGAGAAAAUCAAAUUCAAUUGCGCGUCUAUUUGUAUAUUGUAGUAGCAUUUCGGGGCAUCUGUUUUAGUGACGUAAAUAAAAGAAAAGAACUUCGUAACCAACAAAACAAAAUGAUGGCCACAAGCAACCAAAUCAAACCGAAAGAUUAUAUGGUGACCAUUUUCCUUCCUUUUAGCCAUCAUUCUUCGGGACUUCCUCGUAACGUGACAUCUCUCAUGACUAUCAACACUUCAACAGUAGGGCUAUUAAAGAUCAAUUCCAAUCUAUUUUGUGAAAUUCAAUGUAUAAAAAUUUAGUAUUCUCAUUUUUUUCCUUUGAUACCAUUCUUAUAUGAAUAAAAAUUUAUUAGGGAUUGCAGAGCUACUCGUGAGUAAUUUUACGUAAAUCCAAGUUAACCAAUUUGAUUAUGGAUUUUGGAUGGGUGAAGUUUUUAUAGAUUGAUAUUUAUUGGAUAGGCUAAAAAGAAUAUAUAUAUAUAUAUUUUGCUUCAAUAUAAUAAAUAAAUAUGGAUUGAGUAAGGGAUGACAAAAAUAUCCGUAACCGUGGAUAUCCACCCGAAUCCGACCUAAUCGGGUAGGGUAAAACUCGAACCCGAAGCAUUUUUCGUGGGUACGGGUAAAACCCGAACCCGAAUAUUGCGGGUAAUGGGUUGGCAUGGUUAUCUCACUAUCCAACCCGAACCCGCCCGAUUAUACACAUGCAUAUGUAUUUUGUCUAGAAAUAAUCAUUAUUUUUUCCCUAGAAUAUUUUAUAUUUAGCAUAUAAAUAUAAUAUUUUCAUGAAAUUAUGUUGUUUUAAUUAAUUUUCGUUAUUCUAGUGAAUUAUUGUCGUACUUUUCCUCUUACGUAAUGUGAAUAUAAGUGUGAAAGUUAACAUAUUGGUUGGAAUUAUAAGGAGAAAUUAUUACCCAUGGAUAACCGUGGAUACCCGAAACCCGAACGGGUAUGGGCAUGGUUUUGAUUUUCUACCCGUUUCUCGUGUGGGUACGGGUAUGGGUAAAACCCGAACUACAUUGGGUAGGGUAACGGAUAUGCACUAUCCGCCCCCGAUCCGACCCAUUGCCAUCCCUUGAGUUAGGAUUUACCCAUUUUUUUUAGAUAAUUUUAACUCCACAUAAUAUUUGGAUUUUUUGUAAAUUUUUAAAAUUUAGGAAUUAAAUUUUAUGGUAAAAAAAUAAUUACCAUAUUUUUAUUUUUAACACUAUUUUUUGGACUUAUUUGCAAGAAAAAAUGUAAGUUUGUUAUUAAAUGAUAAAAUAUGUU